AUGAAGGUUUGUCUCGCAGCUGCUCUUGCUGCCGCCUUCACCGCGACAGCGAUGUCGCAAGACUCCCCGGCGGAGCUCCUUCGUGAGCUGCAGGCCCAAAAGGCGUUGUUGGAGGAGCAGCGAAAGGAGCUGAAGCAGAUGACCGAAACCCAGGAGAGCAUGGCUGGCGCCAUGGAUUCGGCUUGGCUGGUCCUCUGUGGGGCUCUAGUCAUGUUUAUGCAUGCAGGAUUUGCAAUGUUGGAGACAGGCUGCUGCCGCGCAAAGAAUGCCUCAAACGUCCUGAUGAAAAAUUUGGUCAAUGUGUCAGUCGGCACAUUGGGUUGGUGGAUGUUUGGCUGGGCCCUUGCCUAUGGCUCCCAAGCCGGGUCUUUCAUUGGCACAGAUGGCUUCUUCGGCCUGGGUUUCUACACCAAAGAUGCAUCGGGCAACAUCGUUCCGGUGGAGUGUGAAGACGGGAACUGCCAGUCCACGAUGCUGAGUUGGUUCUUCCAGUGGGCCUUCUGCACGGCUGGCACCAACCUGAGUUGUCGUGUCCUAUCGUGCGCCACCAUCGUGAGCGGAUGCGUAGCGGAGCGUGUCAAGAGUCCCACCUACGCUUUCUUCGCCUUCUGCAUGACUUCCUUUAUUUACCCGGUUGUGGUAGCAUGGACCUGGGGCGGCGGCUGGCUCGCCAGCAUCUUCGAUGUGGGAUAUAUGGAUUUCGCCGGCUCAGGUGUUGUCCAUUUCACAGGAGGCGUUUGCGGCCUCGCUGGCACGGUCAUCCUCGGCCCUCGGAGGGGACGCUUCGAGAAUCCCGAGGAGUUCGAGUACCACAAUGUGGCAAUGAACACCACUCUCUCCGCCGCCACCUGCGGGAUCACCGUGUUCUUGCUGAAGUUCGUGCUCGUGCGCAAGUACGAUGUCGGCGCGCUCUGUAACGGCAUUCUGUCCGGCUUGGUGUCUAUCACCGCGGGCUGUGGAAACAUGGAGUGCGGCAGCGCUGUUCUCACCGGCUUCAUUGGUGCCUUUUUCUACCAGGCGGCAUCAAGUCUCCUUGUGAGAUUGAAGAUUGACGACCCAGUGGAUGCCAGCGCAGUGCACGGAGCCUGUGGCAUUUGGGGGCUUCUCGCCGCUGGUCUCUUCGAUUGGGGGAAGGGCUUUGACCACUAUCACGGCUGGAGCGGUUUCGGCUGCAUGGCCGGCGAUGAUGGUGCAUGCCGCAGCGGCUUGGGAGGCGCCGCCAUUGGAGCGCAGAUUGUAAUGAUCCUCGCUAUCAUCGCAUGGGCAGGUACGCUAUCCACGCUGUCCUUCCUGGUCCUGAAGUUUUCGGGUCUUCUUCGUAUUGGUGAGAACAUUGAGAAGGUCGGCUACGACAUGCAUUCGCACUCUCCGCCGAAGGCCUACGCCUUCAGUGGCAACGACCCCAAGUCGUCGUCAAGUGAAGAGUCGGGGUCAGAGGGGUGCUUGUGA